AUGGAGAAGCUGAACACUGAAGAUGGACAGCUCUUCAUAAAAAAUCUCGCUAGUUUUGUUCGUACACACGAAAAGGCCCUUGCAAACGCGCUGCAAUUAAAGCGUCAACCUACCAAAAAUGCGCAAUCCUCCCAUACCCAGUCGGGCUCGUCGAGCUCGGCUUCCUCCACUCUUGCAGCGGCCCUGUCCUUCGGGGCACUGAAGUUCACUUCCCAGAAUGUUAAACCUGCCAAACUCACCCUCACUCCCCAUCACCUGUUUUACCUCUUGUCCCGUUUUGAAGAACUUUCUAUUGCCGUCGGUCCCCUGAAUGUUAGGCUGGAGAAUAUUCACACGGAUGGAUCGCAGUCCUAUGUGUCAUUCCUGAAUAAGCCUCAGCGAUCCAGGGGUGACCGGGAUUCAAUCCACUCCGUGUCCAGUGUCCGUAGCGUCAUGUCUGGUAUGAGUUCACUUUGGUCUUCAUUUGGUUUGGUUUCCAAAGACUCGGCUUCCAAAUCCGAGAAGGCCAAAGCAGCUCUAGAAGCGGAUACCAAAUACCUAUACUCUGCCUUUACCAAGAUCCCCUGCUUGCGUUUAGCCCCUGACCGCCGUGCCCGGUUGAUCCGUGGUUACGAAGAAUUCCCUUUUGACACUGCCGUUCCAUUGCAUUCCUUUAAGAAUUUGAGCGCGUUAGAGAUUAUUGAUAUAGACUAUCGCUCGUUCUUCGGCUGGGAUAGGCUGUCCGAGCAGUUGCGGACGCUGACAGUCAAGAGGGCUAAUAUCGAGGACCCAGCAGAAUUGCUCACGGGCAUUGUGCUGGAUGAUAUUGACAAACGUCGACGGCGUUCGUCAAAACAUCACCACUCACCCAUGAUGGGGUGGAGUGGGAAUGCAAACCCCCAGCCAGUCAACAAGUCUGAACUGUCUGGGUCGCUCUCUGCCCCCGGGUCGCCGGUUGCUGAUGCCCCCUUUGGAUCCAGCGCUAGCCCCCAAGCAGCUUCGAUGAUCAGAAUGGCAUCGGAGGGUUCCAAAGCUCGACCACGCACCGGAAGCAUUUCUCCCACACGUCCCACCAGCUCGAAACACUCGACUUACCGUCAUGGCCGUGGUACCGCCUCCCGGAUAAGACGCACUGGCUCAGGUAGUUCCAACUCCAGCGAAACCUCGGGUCACCGCAGCGCGAGCUCUUCCAAUCUACUCUCCGGUGUCUUGCCAGCACACAAGUGGCGGUUCUUGCGACACCUUGGCCUCCCUGACAACUCCUUGACCUCCAUCACUGCCGCCGGUCUUGCUCCAGUGGCCAAUACUCUGCAAUCGCUCGAUCUAUCGUCGAAUCUCUUCACCGAAGUACCCGACAGUCUCGCGUCCCUGGUUGCCUUGAGAGCUCUGAACCUUUCUCAUUGCAUGAUCGAAUCUCUCCACUCCUUGUCACGCAAUCCUCUUCCCGCCAUAACCGCACUCAACCUCCGCGGGAACCGUCUCCGUUCUCUCGCGGGAAUUGAGAGGCUGCUUUCGUUGGAACGGCUGGACCUCCGAGACAACAACCUUACGGAUCCUACUGAGAUUGCUAGGCUCACCAAUCUCCCUGAGAUACGGGAGAUCUGGGUUUCUGGCAACCCCUUUGUGAAAACACAUCCAAACUACCGUGUUGUGAUUUUCAACUUGUUCCGACGCACCCCAGGUUACUCAGAGGACAUCAUCAUCGAUGGGUCGGGACCAGGAUACACCGAGCGGAAGCAACUGGUGGAGCGAGCUGCGGAACCCGAGGCUGCACCCGUCAUACGAUCCGCUGCGGCAGAUCUUUCUACCAUUGUCAGCAAGCCCUCGCACACAGUUCCUCAGGAGCCUUCGCUGCCGUAUGAGCAAAUUGGACCAGUCGGACGAGUGGGCCAAAAUGGAAUCGAUGUUGGGUCUACUCGUCGAAAGAAGGGUACACGGCGGAAGAUUGCCGAUCGCCCAAAAGAUAAGCCUUCCGCUGAUGUUAAUCGUGAAUCAGGCCAGACCCGCAAGUCCCAAAAGCCCGGAAAGGACUGA